AAUCCCAAGAGAGAAAGACCCCUUUUUGGGGGGGGGGGAAAGUGAGUAAUUUAGAACCACCCCGUGUCUUCUUCACUGUGACUCUGUCUGUGAGGUUGGGGGAAAGUAGAGAGUCCCACAUGACUGAAACCUGGAUUACUUUCAGGUAUUAACUUGAAUAGUUUAACUGGAGUCUUAGUUCAGCCCACAAGACGAGGGGGGAGGGUCCUGUUGGAAAAGUGGCUAUCAAACAACGAGGAAAAAAACGAGAGAGUGGCAGCUCCCUUUCACCCACAACUUCAGGUCAAACCGGUUGAGGGCUGACAAGACGAGGCAGAUGCAGAGAGAAUGAGGAGGGACUGUUGAGAAACUCAGGGAGAAAUAAAAGUUCAACCCAGUUCUCUGGGCUUUUCCUGAUUGUGAAACACUGCUCUCCGCUUCUGUCAGUUAACAAGCAACUUCACUAGAGAGAGAGAGAGCCCAAUCUGGGAGCAACCAGUUCAUGAGAAGGCGACUUUAAAAUAAUUUACUUGAUAUAUCCAGCGAGGAUUUCUUCCCUUCGCCAGCUCUGUCUCUGAGGGGGGUAGGUUGGUCCCCUUGUUCUAUGGCUUUCUUGAUGAAGAAAAAGAAGUUUAAGUUCCUGGUCACUCUGACAGUGGUCAAUCUCUCCGCCGUGCCGUUCAUCAAUGGGAUCCUGUACUGCAAGAUCCGCUUGCUUCACGGCGGAUCCUUCAGUGAGCAGUCUACCCGGGAAGAGGUGCAGGAAAACUGUGUGCAAUGGCGAAAGAAGUCACGGUUCAUGUGCAAGAUGAGCGCCAGCUCAGCCACGGGGGUCUUGGACCCCAGCAUCUGCAGAGUGUCCGUCCGGAAGGAGCUGAAGGGCGGGAAAUCUUUUGUGAAGUUGGGAUUUGUUGACCUGAACCUGGCGGAGUUUGCAGGAUCGGGUUCCACUGUUCGCUGUUACAUCCUGGAGGGUUACGACACCAAGAACACGAGGCAGGAUAACUCCAUCCUGAAGGUAUCCAUCAGUCUACAGCUGUUAUCCGGCGAUCCCUGUUUUAAGACGCCACCCUCCACGGCCCAGCCCAUUGAGGUCCUGGGGCAGCAGGAUUCCCUGGCUCCAGACUGCAAAGGGGAUGACGGGAAAGGGAGCCCCAUAUCCGGGGGCAGCUCUUCCAAAUUGUCGAGGUGCAGGUCCUUCCUGGCCGCCGUGGGGAUGGUGGAGGAUUCGGAAAACACGCCCCAUGCUGCUCCCGAGGAAGUGAUCCGGAAAAGGCAUUCCCGGAAUUCCAGCGCCUCCAGCCAAGCCUCGAAGUUUUCAGGUUACAGCUCCGAGUGCUCGCCCUCGGUCUCCCACCUCGAGCUGACCCAUCGCCGGGAAGGCUCAUCCGGAAGUAGCUGCCUGUCGUCUGACCUCGGGAGCAUGGCCGAUAUCCGGGAUGGAGGCCGGGACCUCAGUCCGGAGAAACCAGCCAUGCCCUUUAGACCGGCUCUGCGCUCGGAGCGCCCCUCACGGCGGAAGAACGAAGCAGCGGAGAGCAGGCCCACGCGAGUGGACGACACGCGAGUGGACGCGGACGACAUCGUAGAGGAGAUUGUCCGGAGCCAAGACUUCAGCCAGUCCAGCAACACGGAGGACAGCGGGUUGCAGCUGUACGUGGGCCGAGAUGGGACUAUCAGACUGGGUGGCCUGCAGAGCGAGAACAGAUGGUGUGACUACAAGCCUGUCGUCAUCGAGAGUCGCUGAACUGACUCCAGACAGCCGAUUCCCAAUUUUCCCCUCUCUCUUCGUGUUGUUCUGCUUGUCUCGUCUCGUUGCUCUUCCCGGAUAGCAUGUUUUGAAGAAUCGGGAAUUCCCGGCUGGGAAAACCGGGAUGGGCGUUUUCUAACCAGGGAAAAGAUCGAUGCCUGUAUUUCUUUUCGAAAAGAGAGAUAAUUCUUAUUGAGAGGACGCAUUGGAAAGAAGUGGAAUGGCCUUGGGUUAAGCCAGGACGUCGUGGGGGUGAGGGAAGAGCCUGGAAUUGUGAACUGGGAUCCAGUCCUGGGAAGCCUCUCGCUGAAUAUUAAUUAAUGACUGAGUAUUAAUGGUUGUACAUGUUAGUAAAUGGCACAUGAUGUUUUGUCUAGGUUUAGCCCUGUAGCUCGGCGAUGAUCAUUAAUCAUGGCCUUCUAUUUAUUGAGUUUUAAUGAGAUCUAGCGGAGGGAAUCAUUUUUAAGUCCUGAAUGUGGGGUUUGAUAAAUGAACCACAUGCUUUUCUUUUGCAAGAGAAUUGACUCAGAUCGGUCAAUUUAAUUUUUUUAAAAAAAUUGAGUCUGCUUGUUCAGGAGUGUGGGGAAAAUGGAUGUUAGGCAGUUGUCCCUAAAUGGUUGCAGGGAUUUUGCCUGUAAAUGGGUGACAGUUAAUAUGUUGUGUAUUCCUCUCUCGUUUUUUGAGCAAAAUUUCCAUCUGUUCCUUGAACAGCUCUAGACAUGGUGAAGGAAAAUGAAAGGGGGACAAAAGCAGCUUUUCUCUCUCUCUCUCUAAUGCACCCCAAUGACUUUUCCUUAGCUGUGUUGGCCAAGGGUAGUGCAUACUUGGCUUCUAUUUUUUUUUCAGGGGACCUCCUGCAUGAUUCAAGACUCCUGCUCGCAAAUGGCCAUUAUGUCUUGGGUCGUAUUGCAGGGGGGAAAUGGAGUCCCAAUGAGGUGGAGUGUGUCACUCUGAACUACCUCAACCCCGUUCAGAUUUUGUAGCAGGGAGGACGUUUUCAAACUGCGGUAGUUUUAAAAAGUUAGUAAUUGUGUUUAACACUGGCAUCCCAAUAUUUAGGAUUUCAUUUGGAUAUAUAUUCCAGUUGCCUCUUAUCUCCCUCCUCCUUCACUUCCUGUCACCCAUAUCUUUAGCACUAAUUUGCAAACCAGGCCUCGAGGAAAUGAGGAAGGAAGUACAGUUUGCUUCUUUGUUUUUGUGGCGAACUUGUAGAUUUCCCUUGGAUUUUUCUUUCCGUCUACAAUUCCUGGAGCCUCAAUCCUGGAGGGUUUGUGACCCUUCUUUCAGAUCCUAUGAUUUCCACCCAAUCUUCCCCCCCCCUCCCCCAAACCUCAGGCUUCAGGUGUAACAGCUUUUGAUGGAGCAGGACCUUGGAAGGGUGAAGGGAGAAUGUACAAUGUGAUCUAAUCCUCUUGAGGGUGUGUCACCCACACAGUCUGGGAACUAUGAAACAGAAAGGAAGAUGGGCGAGCUCCCAUUUCUAACCCUCCCACCCAGUCGUCCAUUUCUUUUGAAGUUUUGUACCAACCAAUUAUCUAUUAAAAGAUGAUGAGAAGGCGUUUUGUUAGACCAAGCUCUGGGCAUUGGACUUUCCAUCUUGGAUGUCAAAGAAUUUAAAAGUACAUUUAUUUUCAAAUUUGCAACGAUAUGGUGACAUGGAGUGUGGUUCAGUGUUGUGAUUUUUUUUUUUCCCCCAAUAUUUAAGCUUCUUUUAAAGAGAAAUCCAAUUUUUAGUAAUUCUUUUGGUAAUGAUUUUUUCCCCCCCAAACAGAACAGGAGGAGCGAGGUAACUGGGCUAAUAUCCUUCCUGGCUUAGUUGAGCUCCCCUGUGCGUUCUGUAGUGUGGAGUUCCAAUCCAUGCUGUUCCCUCCCCCACUGUGCUCCCAAAUAUUUAAUACCUGGAAGGUGGGAUCAGUAUUAAAUGUAUUUAUAAAUCAGCCUAAAAGUCAUGUGAUUUAAGUGAAAGAUGAUAAUUGAGCCUGUUAGAUUUUUUUUUUAUGACCUCCCCAUUAGCAACAGGGAAGGUGCCAUUCUGUGGAAUUUUCUGUAAGAAAGCACAGAAGGAUUUCCCUUUUUUUUUUGAGGAGGUGGCUGGAGUGAAAAUUUCUGGGAAUCAUCCAGUGUUAUUUCGUCUUGCACAAAUAAUAUGACGAGUUUCUGAGCAAUUUGUGCCUGUAUUUUUUUCUUUCCACUUCAAAGUGUGUUUGCUGGGGAUCCUUUUUCUUAGGGAGAUAGUGGUCCCUUUUUAAACAGCAUGUAUUUUAUAUUAAAGCUGUUCGGGAGAUGCGGUCUCGAGCUUACUGUCUGGAUUUAUCAAUGAAUAUUUCAAGGUGUUUCUGUACAGUGUUCAUGAUUGAAAUUUGUACAAAAGUGGGAUUGUCUAUUUUUUACAGUGGAUAAUUUUCAAUAAAAUUUUUUUUAAAAGGAA